AUGGCGACACCGUGGCCUCAGCAGCCCGCAUGGCCAACCCCUUUCCGCGAGCAUGCUACACGCCUCAGCACCUACCUUCAGGACGCGCUGACUUGUAUUGAUCGCACGCAGAGCCAGCCCGUGCCGGCAGACCUCGUCAAGGUCAUCAUCCACGGCACGCUGACGUUCAUACUGAAAGUGCAACAUGCGCCUGACCUCAGCACGGUGUGCGACGCGCUUAGCAUUAUGCAAACGGAGGCCAAAGCGUCCACAGAAAACGCCGCGCAAAUGCUUGAUGUUGUCAAGCACGAGCUCAAGACUGACAUUAAGAACACCGCCAAAACCGUCCACGCUAUCGCCACAAACGUACAACAAAACAUGAGGAACGGAGAGGAAGCAAGGACCGCAGCCAAGGAGGCAGUCGAGGUAGGUAAAGCAAACCUGCAGAUGGCAAGGCAGAUCAAAAACGCAGGACCGCAGACAGGUGGCGUGCUCAGCUACGCUGCGAUUGCAGCGAGGGGCGCACCGCUAGCAAGUACAGCGAAUACACAAGUUCUCAGAAUGGCUCCUAUGCAGACGCAGCGUGAAGUCGUCGUGACCAUUAGAGACCCCAAAUACAGUGCUUAG